AUGACCGUGAUAACUGGUGAUGGGUGGGUGUUUGAAGCUAUUAAUAAUAAUAAUAAAAGUCUGUCCAGAACAUAUUUUACUCGCCAGUCGCUACCUGCCGACUGUUAUAUUUCUGGAGCCACCACUAUGAUUCAACGACUGUUGCACUUCUUGUGCAUUCCGAUCGUGCUCCAGUUUUUAUCCUACCAAUUAACUACCGCUGAACCCACUACCAACACUACUAUCAAUGCCACCGGAGUUAAAUACUAUUUUUAUGACCACAACUAUCAAUUGAUGGACGAAAAGAACUUAACAAUUUCAAACAACAAAUCGUUGAUUGUAUUUGUGCAUGGAUUUAGAUCAAGUCCCCAGACUGGUGUUGUAGCAGAUUUGGGAAAAUCGCUGGUGCAAUGGACAAACUCCAAUGUGGUUUUAGUCGAUUGGUCAAAGUGGUCACAGAAAUUGGAUUACAUGGAUGUGGUACUUCAAUUACCUGCAGUUGGUACCUAUCUUUUUGACUGGUUGAACAGUUUGCGUGACCGCGGUAUUGUACAGAGCCUUGACGAUGUCACAUUAAUCGGCCAUAGUUUGGGGGCCCAGUUGAUUGGUUACACAGGUCACAGGUUGAACGGGACAAUCAAGAGAGUUAUAGCUCUGGAACCGGCACAGCCUAAUUUUAAAGAAAGUCAGAAAAAUGAAAGAGUCGAUGUAGACAGCGGACAAUUCGUAAUAGUGUUGCACACAUCAACCAUGUUUUUUGGAAUGAGACAGCCAGUGGGUCAUGUGGAUUUUUACUUUAACGGUGGCCAAAUUCAGCCGUCAUGUAACUUCGAUACAAUAUGCGGUCAUAUAGUAGUUCUAAAUUAUUUGAUGGAUUCGUUGAAAAAUUCAAGUGAAUUUACGGCAUACCGAUGUCAUAAGUUAAAUCUUUGCGAGAAACACAUCGUUGAUAUUACAGAGCCAACUAUUAACAUGAACAUAAAUAUACCGAAUUCGUAA